AUGAAGUUCUACCUCGCUGCUAUUACUCUCCUGACUACUGCUGUGACGGUCAUGGCUUCCCCAGUUGAGAGCGCCCAAACUCCAGGCAAAUGCGAGGGGAGUGGUUGCGUCCUCAACAAUGGUCAAAUUGUAAUGUGUGAUUAUGGAUCUUGCAAGGGUCAUGAUGGCGAAGCCUGCAAUUCCGGAAGCGGAAACUACUGCCCUGGAGCUUAA